ACUCGGCCUCUAAGCUCCUGGAGUUGCUGCGUCCGCGCAGUCCGGAACUGCGGUGUGGCCCCAGCCGGGACAGAGAGGGUCCGUCGUAACCUGUUGAGUAACUAUGGAAGACUAUAUCAAAAUAGAGAAAAUUGGAGAAGGUACUUACGGUGUGGUGUAUAAGGGUAGACACAGAGUCACUGGCCAGAUAGUGGCCAUGAAGAAGAUCAGACUUGAAAGCGAGGAAGAAGGAGUGCCCAGUACUGCAAUUCGGGAAAUCUCUCUAUUAAAAGAACUUCGACAUCCAAAUAUAGUCAGCCUGCAGGAUGUGCUCAUGCAGGACUCCAGGCUGUAUCUCAUCUUUGAGUUCCUGUCCAUGGACCUCAAGAAGUACCUGGACUCCAUCCCUCCUGGGCAGUUCAUGGAUUCUUCACUCGUUAAGAGUUACUUACACCAAAUCCUCCAGGGAAUUGUGUUUUGCCACUCCCGGCGAGUUCUUCACAGAGACUUGAAACCUCAAAAUCUAUUGAUUGAUGACAAAGGAACAAUCAAACUGGCUGAUUUCGGCCUUGCCAGAGCGUUUGGAAUACCGAUACGAGUGUACACACACGAGGUAGUGACGCUGUGGUACCGAUCUCCAGAAGUGUUGCUGGGCUCGGCUCGUUACUCCACUCCGGUUGACAUCUGGAGUAUAGGGACCAUAUUUGCAGAACUGGCCACCAAGAAGCCGCUUUUCCACGGCGACUCAGAGAUUGACCAGCUCUUCAGGAUCUUCAGAGCUCUGGGCACUCCUAACAACGAAGUGUGGCCAGAAGUCGAGUCCCUGCAGGACUACAAGAACACCUUUCCCAAGUGGAAGCCGGGGAGCCUCGCAUCCCACGUCAAGAACCUGGACGAGAACGGCUUGGAUUUGCUCUCAAAAAUGCUAGUCUAUGAUCCUGCCAAACGAAUCUCUGGCAAAAUGGCCCUGAAGCACCCGUACUUUGAUGACUUGGACAAUCAGAUUAAGAAGAUGUAGCCCUCUGGAUGGAUGUCCCUGUCUGCUGGUCGUAGGGGAAGAUCGUGUUGUUUACCGUUGGCUCUCUUCCUGUCUUGUAUAGUUUUCUUUGUUUGUAAACUGUCAUCUGGACUUUUCUUAAUUUCCUACGUAUAACUUAAUUAACAUGUAAAUAUUAUUCCAUAUGAAUUUAAAUAUAAUUCUGUAUAUGUGCAGAUGUCACUGUGGUGGCUGUUAAUUACUAUAACACAAGUGUUAAUUACUACAACAUAAGACUUGAGUCUCCCUAGACUUCCCAGCAGCCAUUCCUGCAGCUCGGAGCACAGUUGAAGGAGCUGAGCUCAGGCCUCGUGAUGCUUUCAAGUGCCUCCGUGUUCUGGAUAUAUAUGAUUCCUGGUCAGUUUCUUGCCAUUUGGAAACUACAACCCACCUACGGACAGUGUUUUUCUACUUGUGCUUAAGCAGUUGGGAUGAGAAGGCCAAAGACCCGAGGAUGUCUAGAGUAAUGACCCCCAGAUGGAAGUGCACCAAAGCUGGCUGGGUUUCACAGCUAGAGAUCAGGGGCUGUCCAGAGCAGGACAGCUUAGAACAUUUAUGAAGACUCCCUAUUUUUAGGUUUGUUGUAAAGCUGUUGUCUAGUUGGAUUCCUGUGCUCUGCAUGGUCAGAGGUAGGUUAGAGGAUUUGCCUUGGCUUCUAAAUCCAAUUUGAAAACUGCUUAAAAUCUCCUGUCCUCUCUUAGCAGUGUCUAAAAAUGUCCUUGUCCAAAUAUUUAGCUGAGAUUCCUCACUUUGGAAAAGGAGCCGUAUCGCUGUGCUGCUUAGUGUAAUUCUUAGAAGCAGCCUGACUUAUCUGCUAGCAGUCAAAGGGAUGCCUGAGACGACUGCUCCUCUUAGAACUAAAGGCUGGGAUGCUUAAGUUUGUCUACUGUUUGGAGGAUCUCGGUAAGACUGAGCCCCUGUUCCUGUGGCCACCUCAGUUUACCAGUACCUCAGCCUCAGCCUCCUGCAUUUGCUGGAGUCAGGGAAGGUCCCCAGCCCUGAGCCCUGACGCUCCUGAUUGUAGAGACUGUCAGUUGGAGGUAAAACGUUCAUUGAAGUAGUCAGCAGCCACAUGCAUUUAGGGCACUCCAGUGUCAGAGACCAUCCUGGAGGUUUCUAACCCUGCCGCUGGCAGUCUACUCCCAAGACAGAUCAGUUAGAGUGGUCAGCAAACACCAACUGCUGCAGAAACCUGUGUUGGUGUGGUUCCCUGCUGCUGCUGGGAACUGGGCCCAAGACUAGAGAGCUUGGGGCUGCGGUUGAUCAUGGGUUCUGUUCCUGCAUUACACCUUGAAAUCCAAGCCUUCUAAUAUCUCCCUUCGGAUCAUAAGUUGUGAAUUUGGUCCUCCGCCCCCGCCAGGUUUUCUAUACUUGGGUUUGUCUUGCUGACAUUUUCAAGAGUCCUGACUAAGACGGUGAUUAGUGUGACAUGACUUGAGAACUACCGAUUUGAAGCACACUUGAAGUUAACAAAUUCUCUCAUGAUUAUACUUUUAACUUUUUAUAAGAUUGCUUGAGCUCACCCAGAUCUCUGUUGGGAAGUAACUGGGUAACAAAAGCCGUUGCACUGGUUUGACAGCUAACAACUGUUGGUACUUUGUAUUCAGAAGGAAUGAGGUAGCGAUUGAAUGGCUGGGGUGUUGUUUCCACAGUUUAUACACUAAAAAUUUGGGUAGCCAGGAGGUAGUGGCGCGCAAUCUUUAAUCUCAGCAGAGGCAGUCCUAUCUCUUGAGUUGGAGGCCAGCCUGCCUGAGUUCCAGACCAGCCAGGGCUACAGGAAGAAGUCUUAAAAAAAUUUUUUUUCCCUGUGGAUGUAAACCCAUGAGAAUGACUGCUGUAUCUAUCACUUUCUGUAUAAUAGAGGUUUCUUCCGCCGCAGCGCUCCAUUGGUCUCAGCCCCUCAUGUUGGGGGCGGGAAGGAGGGGCAAGCGUCCCCAAGCACAGGAAGGCCUGCUGAAGAGUUGGCGGCUUUGAGGGUUCAAAUCCUGCUUGGGUCUGAGGAGUCCCCCAAACGAUCUUGGACUGUAAAAACCUGCCAGGAACAAGCGCUAAGGGAUGGUUCUCAACCUGUGGGUCGCGACCCCCUGGGGAGUUGGACAGCCCUUUCCUGAGGAUCAGAACAAACAUCCUGCAUAUCAGAUAUUAACGUGGCAUUUCAUAACUGCAAACUUACAGUUAGGAAGUAGCAGUGACAAAGAAUUUUAUGGGUGGGGUGGGGUGGGGGCUCACCACCAUAUUAAAGGGUUACAGCAUUAGGAGGGUUGACAACAGAACCAUCGCACUGAGGGAAAGUGAGUUAGCACGAAGAGAUGAGCAUUUCCCAGAACACAGAAUAAGACACGUUUAACCAACAUCAGUCUGUAACCCCAGCGGACUGUGACAAGCUCUCACCCAUGCCGUGGAGCUCAGAACUAGCAUUGCACGCUUUUACCCCAUCUUUGGUUGCCUCACUCCCUUUGAGUAGUAAGUCCCUCUUCAAAGUAAUAGCCUCUAAACAGCCUGCUGCGCAUGCUCUAGUCCUUUGCUUUCCUCCACGGGUAGGCCACAGGCUUAAGCAGCAGUUGGAAAUGGAACUUGGGCUUUCUGGCUCCUGGUUUAGAAAACUCUUGAAAUGGACAAGAUUUAGUCCUAGGCAAGUUCUGUGUAGUCAGCAAUGGAAGCAAAGGGGGGUGGGGCAAACAUUCCAGUCAGGUGGAAUCUGAGCCCUUGAGAGUGUGAGGCAGGAGGAUCACUAGGCAGGAGUUCUCAACCAGCCUAGACGACAGCUUGGAACCCAUCGCACUCCACAAUGAGGACCCCUCAGCUUCUGAAGAGAGGAGAGCUGCUAGCUCUGAGAAGGGUGUAUAAAAUGGGCUUUUGGUUCCCAGACAUCAGACUUGAAGAGGCAACCGAGUAAGCCAGCUAUAGACUAAGUAAGAUUGUCGUACCUAGCCUACUCCUUGGGAGCUCAUUCUUCAGAGUAUGUUGAUGGAUGACCUAACGCCAUCUCAGAUGCUGGAGCAUUUUGCUGGAAAGGCUCUCAGCACUAGCGAGGCUGCCUCAAUGUAAUCCUGCCUCAGCCUGAGAACUGAUUAUGAGUUACCGUUUGGUACUUUAUGUAUUUUUCUCUCUUCCUAGUAACCAAGGACAAACCUGCUUCCUUCCAGCCACGUGGCAGACACUAGCUGUACUAAAGUAUUAUUACACACCGGUCCCCUGCUGCCAGAACAAAGAACUCAGCCUCGAGAAAUUUCUCCUAUUAUAUUUGGGAUCCAGCAUGUCCCAAGACAGGGACGACUCAAUAAUUUAAUGUGCCUAAUGGCACGGAAUAAAAGGAUUAUUCACAAACAGAAAA